GCCUGGUAUCUCCUCAGCUAUUUUUCCCUUACCUAGCUGAGAAAACUCUAAAGGUUUAAAAUGAGCCUUACAGACCUUCUAAGCCCUUCUGACAUCGCUGCUGCUCUGCGGGACUGCCAAGCUCCAGAUUCCUUUAGUCCCAAAAAAUUCUUUCAGAUCAGUGGGAUGUCUAAAAAGAGUAGCAGCCAGCUCAAGGAGAUCUUCCGGAUUCUCGACAAUGAUCAAAGUGGCUUUAUUGAGGAAGAUGAGCUCAAGUAUUUCCUUCAGAGGUUUGAGUGUGGAGCCAGAGUGUUAACUGCCUCAGAAACCAAGACCUUCUUGGCAGCUGCAGAUCAUGAUGGGGAUGGUAAAAUCGGGGCUGAAGAAUUCCAGGAAAUGGUGCAGGCUUAGAGGUUCAAAAGGACCAAACCAGAUAGAAUUGGGAUGAAUCUGCAGGAGACACUCCCAAAUCUUGAAAAUCAGGAGUCCCUUAUUUAUCUUAACAGUGUAUGUUAUUUUUUCACUGCCUUAGCAACAUAAUGAAACACUGAUUACUGAUUUUUUCAUUGUGUGGACUAUUUACCAUGUUUUAACCUCUACUUUAGCAGACACUUCCCUUAAAAAUAUCCAAUAAAAAUUAAUCA